AUGGACGAACAACUACCCCAAUACUCUCUCCAACCCCAUUAUAGCGGGGCCUCGGGCGACCCCAUUCCCGAAUCCAAGACCCCAAUAACAACCAGCCAACCACAACCACCAGCCAGACGCCACUUCCCUCGGUAUAAUCCACGCUGGACCACUGGGCUCAUCGUCGCAUCAGUAAUCAUCGGUAUACUCCUGAUCGCGAUCGUCACCCCCAUCGAACUCAGCAUAAAUCAAAUCCGUUACCCAAACUACAGCCCUCUAGACUAUAAGCUAGUGGACGACUACUCCGGUCCCACCUUCUUCGACCAAUUCACCUACUUCACAGACGAUGACCCAACCAAGGGCUUCGUCAUCUACGUCAACGAAUCCACCGCCAGAAGCCUGAACCUCACUUAUGCAAGUGGUACAUCGGCUGUGCUGCGCGUGGACGCAGUAACUCCCAAUGCCACGGCAGGCAGGAACUCGGUUCGCAUUGAAUCGAAGAAAACAUACGAUACAGGCCUCUUCGUCUUCGACAUCAUCCACACACCCUUCGGCUGCGCAACGUGGCCAGCCCUCUGGCUAACGGACGGCUACUAUUGGCCGGAAAACGGGGAAAUUGACGUCCUCGAAACGACCAACCAAGGCUCCCACGGUAACGAAGUCACGCUGCAUACUACCAAAGGAUGCAAGAUGGACGUCAAGCGCAAACAGACCGGUCAGACUAUCUACACGGAUUGUCACAGUGACGGGAAUGCAGGGUGCGGCGUUGCCGGCGACGAAUUCACCUACGGUGAAGCGAUGAAUAGGCGCGGCGGAGGUGUCUAUGCACUUGAGAUCAGGAAGGAGGGGAUUCGUGCUUGGUUUUUCCCGCGUGCGGAUAUUCCGGCGGAUGUUAUCGCUGGGUCACCGGAGCCGAGUGCGUGGGGGACGGCGUUGGCGGAUUUCCCUGGGACGGAUUGUGAUAUUGCGGGUCAUUUUAGGAAUCAGAGUAUCAUUGCUAAUAUUGAUCUUUGCGGGGAGUUGGCGGCGCAGAAGCAGUAUUAUGAGACUCUGUAUCACUGUCCUGCGACUUGUACGGGUUUUGUUGAGAGGUAUCCUGCGAAAUUUGGGGAUGCUUAUUGGGAGUUUAGGAGUUUCAAGGUUUAUAGGGCUUGA